AAACUCGUCUUCUGUUUCAGUGUGAUGUUGUUUCCGUUGCUAAUGGAGAGGGAAGGUGCGACCCAGCCUCAGCGAUCAGGUCUGGUUCGGAUCAGUUUCACAUCACGCAUGACCUGCUGUCCUACUGGAUCGUACGAAUUGCAAGCACGCGAUGCUGUUAUCAGGUAGUCGCUGCAUGUGACGCUUUGGGAAGGUGCUGUACGGCCGCCUUAAGAUGACGACUUCAGGGUCACUCUCAUGCCGAACGCCGAUCGGACUGUCAGCAACAUUAACAACUCGAGGCCGACCGGUACGGAGACACGAUGUAUAUAGCUCGUGAACACGUAGAAAUCUCACAGACUCGCGGUAUCCAAAAAUCUACUUCUUUCCCACAACUCUACGAUGCUAUACCAGUGGACUUGCCCAAGUUGAUUGAGUUCAAGAAUCAACACCGCAAAAGAUAGCACAAUAGCACACAAUACCUACCCCAAUCCGAUACGAUACGAUAUGACCCGCCAGAUCCUCCCCGUCCCCAACCCGGUCACGAGCUACUGGCUCAGGGAGCCCCACGCCUUCGCUGAUCUUCAGUCCACGCUGUGCUUGCCAGCACACUGCGACAUAGCAGUGAUCGGCGCGGGGUUGGCUGGCGUGCUUUCUGCGUACCAUAUCCUGAAGAAGACGGACAGAGCUGAAGACAGCGGUACCGAGGCUGGCACUCAAGAGGGGGGUGCGGGACCGAGAGUUGUGCUGAUUGAUGCAAGACAACUGUGCAGCGGUGCAACCGGCAGGAACGGAGGACAUGUCAAGGUGCAGGUCAACACCCUUGUCAAUCUGCCAGACUCAGCCACCGAUAGCAGGAACAAGAGGAGCGCGUUCCAGGACUACGUCUCCCGGGUGAUGCUCGAGUUGAAGCACAUCACGGAAGAAGAAGAUCUCGACUGCGAAUUCGAACUCCGCCGGAGUUUCGACGUGUUCACCUCUACCGCAGAUGCUGAAUCCACAUAUCGAAAGUAUGAAGAGGCAAGAAAGAACGGAGAACUCUGGACCCAGAAUGUUAGUUGGAUUGGCGCAGACAGGGCCGAGCAGGUAACGAGUAUCAAAGGCGCGAAAGGUGCGUUCAGUGUACCGGCUGCGAGUUUCUGGCCCUACAAAUUCGUCACUGGGUUGUUGGAGAGAAUGGUAAAGAGAUGGGGUGGGGAAGGGGGAAGACUGAAUGUGCAGAUGUGCACGCCCGUCACCAGCCUCAAUGUUUCUUCUUCUGGCGCCGAGCUGUUGGCUACACACCGCGGCACCAUCACAGCAGCCAAAGUCGUGCUCGCGACGAACGCGUACACAGCCGGUCUCUUACCGGUGUUCAAGGGGAACAUUGUCCCUGUAAGAGGAAUGGCGAGCCAUCACCGUGCAGGAGGAGCGGUGCACCCGCACCUCACCAAUACAUACAAUAUCAAUUUUGGCCCGGACAAGGGCGUCGACUACCUCAAUCCCCGUCCCGACGGCGGCAUCGUCGUUGGUGGAGGAGCGUGGAUGUUUAGGCAGGAUGAGAGAAGUUGGAAGAACAACUUCGACGACGCUCACUUGUUCCCGCCAGACGUCAUGGGUUACUGGCGGGAGUACAUGCAGGACAGAUUCCUUGGAUGGGAGAAUAGUAACAGCAAGAACGAUUCCGCGUGGACGGGUAUCAUGGGGAGGACGAACGAUGGGCAGCCGUUCGUGGGGAGGGUCCCCGGGAGAGAGGGUGUGUGGGCGCUGGUGGGGUUCAAUGGGGGCGGGAUGGCGAUUAUUGCGCUUUGCGCUAGGGUGGUGGGAAGGAUGAUUGUUGAGGGGAAGGGGUUUGAGGAUUUGUGGGAGGAGGAGGGGUUAUUGGAAUGUUUUCGGUGUAGUGAGGAGAGGCUUGGAAGUCCUCAGUAG